GGCGCGCUGUUCUCGCGAGACCCCGCUGGCCGGGCCCGGCCGUCAGCCCCGCCCCCCGCUGGCCCGCGCGCCGCCGCCGCCGGUGUCGAUGACGAUGAGCGCCCCGGGGCCCGCGUGCGCCGUGGAGGCGCCGGCGUCGCGCGCGCGGUCCGUGCUGCGGCACGUGCAGCUGGAGAACCUGGCCGCCGGGCUGAGCGGCGGCGUCGUGUCCACCCUGGUGCUGCACCCGCUCGACCUGGUCAAGAUCCGCUUCGCAGUAAGUGAUGGAUUGGAACUGCGUCCAAAAUAUAAUGGGAUUCUCCACUGUAUGACCACUGUCUGGAAGCAUGAAGGGCUACGAGGCCUAUAUCAAGGGGUAACUCCAAACAUGUUGGGAGCAGGGGCUUCCUGGGGACUUUACUUUUUCUUUUACAAUGCCAUCAAAGCUUACAAGAAGGAGGGGAAGCUGGAAACCCUCAGUGCAACUGAACACCUAGUGUCAGCUGCAGAGGCUGGAGCCAUGACUCUCUGUAUUACGAACCCAAUAUGGGUAACGAAGACACGACUUGUGCUACAGUAUAAUGCUGGUAUUGAUCCAUCAAAGCGCCAAUACAGAGGAAUGUUUGAUGCUCUUAUAAAGAUAUACAAGACGGAGGGCAUACGUGGCUUAUAUAAGGGAUUUGUGCCUGGUCUGUUUGGUACUUCACAUGGAGCACUUCAGUUCAUGGCAUAUGAGGAUUUGAAACUGAGAUACAACAAUUAUAGAAACAGAGUAUCAGAUACAAAACUGAACACUGUGGAAUACAUAAUGAUGGCAGCUGUAUCCAAAAUAUUCGCUGUGUCAGCAACAUAUCCCUAUCAAGUUGUACGAGCUCGUCUUCAAGAUCAGCAUAAUACAUAUUCUGGUGUGUUUGAUGUGAUCGGCAGGACAUGGAGGAAAGAAGGAAUUCACGGAUUUUACAAAGGAAUUGUCCCCAAUGUGAUCAGAGUGACUCCUGCCUGCUGUAUUACCUUUGUUGUUUAUGAAAACGUGUCUGGUUUUUUACUUGGGUUUAGAAAAGGAAAUAAUUAAAGGUAUGAGCUUGUGUUCAUAAGGAAUAUAUCAUUUAUUUUUUAUAUUUAUGAUCUGCGAGAGAUUUAGUUCAGCAGUAUUUUUUGACACUCUGAAUUCAUCUAGUAUUUUGAGUAAAGAACCUGGAGAUAGUAAAACCCUGCCAGCAUCUCUUCUGCUGAAUGUUCCUGCAUUGCUGCCUUCCCUCUGAAUCAGCUGUGUCUGCUUGCACCAGAUGUCUCCGCAACUGUGAAAUAAUAGCACUGUGACUGGGUGAAGGCAGCUGUGCAGCAAUUCAGCUCAUCCUGGCCUGCCUGGAAUAUCGGACUAAUCUGUUUUGACACAUCUCAAGAUAACAGUUGGUCAGAUUCUGCCCUACAGAAGUGGAAAACUUCAUGUAAAAGCAACUCUGGGGGCUGUCGAAACUUUUUAAAUUCUGAGUCUUAUGAAGAAAGUAUGUAAUUGUUUACAGCAGUGUCUUCUGAAUUAACCUCUGUGUUAUUUGUCAGAUUUUAGAAUAUGGAAUGCUCCAAAUUCCAUUGCUCAUCCAACACAAAAAUGCUGCCUCAGUGGGGUGCAGUUUGGAAACUCAAAUCGUUUUGUAAAACAGCUGUCCAUUCUUGGGUUUGAAUAAUUGCCAAUCUGAUGAAACCCUGUUCUUGUCUCAUACCAGGACUGACUUGCAUUGUGGUUUUUGGUUUGCUUUGAGGACCAGACCAAAGUGUAUGUUGUGUGCAUUGCUGGCCACUUAUUUUCUCCCUCUUCCCUGCCUGCCCUCUCCCAGUCUCUGUCUCUCUCCCUCCCUCUCUCUCUGUGAGACUCCAUCUCCAUUACUGAUACAUCUGACCAAAUACUACUAAGUAAAUGCAUAUUUGCAAGUAGGCUUACAUUUUAAAAACAUGGGUUUUUUCUAAUAAUCCCAUAGUGAUGCAAUUUUCUAACCACUGUGAUAACAAAUAAGAGCAUGCUUACUUUCAAUAAUAUUCUCUGGAAAAAAAUAAAAUCCAUAAGCAGUCUAAAAAAUAUUGUGCACAGGACUUUAUUAAAAAAAAAUCCAUGAAUGUCUUUUCAUUUGAUUCGAGGAAAGGGCUGUAGGAAUAUAUUGAUUGCUAACAUAGCGAUAAACUAAAUUACAGUACACCUCAGUAAAUUUGUUCGUUUGCAUACCAAUAAUUGCAGUCAAGGACAUGUACUUUUUGGAGGUCUGGGUUUGUUUAGUUCUUCUUUAAGAAAAUACAUUACUGGCCAUAACAUCCGCCUUCUGUUUUUAGUAGGAAGGUAUUAAAUAUCUAGAAAGUAUCACGUAACUAAGGAGGACAUAAAUUAGCAAGCAUUCAACAGCUAGGGGGAAAUAAUCAGUUUCAUAAGGAGCAGAGAAUAGUAUCCAGCAAAACACCUGAAUAAUCACUUAGAGAAGCUUCCUGUUUAACAGAAGGCUAACCUAAAGCAGAAAUAAGGCUUUUUAAAUAAAAUGUUAACAGAUCAGCAAAUUGAUUUCAGUUUUACAUUAAAAUCUGGAAGACUGAAGAAACUGCUCAAUAUUUUGAAUCUUAAUUCAGCAAUCCACUUGCUUGUUUAUGUUGAUACUAUUGCCGCAUACUACAUUUUGUAUAUUCUUUAUUAAUAAUUUACACUUUCUCCUCCACGAUCCCAUCUCCUAUGUGGAUAGAGUUGGUAAUCUCAUCUGAAAAGGGCAUGUGGCCGUUCUGGCUGGCUUUGGUUUUUGUUAUGGAAGCUUCCAUGGGUAUUUAGCUGACAAUCAAAUUUGCUGAAGUUUACCAUGCAAAUUACUGUACAGGUCCCCAACAGCUACUAAAUUCUUCUGCCUUUGGAGGGUGUUUACUUGGUUUUGUGUGUUUUCUAGUACACAACAUGAAUGUAAUGGAACACUGAGUUAACUCUUGCCACCCAUGGUCCAAAAAAUAUUGUGAAGACAUAUCAAUAAAUCAUAAGAAAGGAAUAAAAGCUGUGCACUUACUACCCUGGAUUAGUGUGCUCUAGGCCCAGAACAGGCUACUCGUGCUCCAAGAUAGAUGCAAAAGAGGCUGCAAGCAUGCACACAGUCACUGUAUGUUAACUGACAUUCUGUAAAGUCACACCAUAGCUUAGCUCAUAGUAACUUGUUUGUGUUCAGAUACCUUAAAACCCAUCGUCCAAGCCAAUAAAAACAGUACAGUUCUUCAGAGGCAAAACACCAGCUGUAUAACUUGCUGGCUUGCAGCAAUAUCACACAUAAGCUUGCAGCAGGGAAAGCCUGAAAUCUUAUAACUUGUUCAGAAUAAAAGCUGAUAUUUAAUACUAAAUGGCUGAAAUAAAUGUCUUAUCUGAGAUGUAAUUUUUUUCCUUUUAAUUUAUGAGAAGAGUGUAGAUUUCUGCAUGUUGUACAUGCUUUUUCUUGUUUGUUGUUUUUAUUUCAUUAAUGUAAAAUCGAUUUUGUAAUAAAAACAUGACUAUUGUUUCCUUUUAGAAUCUGUACAAUUUUAAAAAAUAUUUAUAAUUUGUUGCAUUUGGGAGAAAAUACUUAGAAGGCUGAAGUUAGUGCUGUGCUGGCACGGCCACUGUUGUCACUUGUCCAGUCUGGAGGCUGCAGUCAAAGAGCUGUGACAUUCUUUCACUUUACCUGAACACUUUUUGAACACCAAGGCAUUUCAACCUGCCUUAUUUCUAUACCUUCCAAACUAUUUAAUAUAGCUAGCUUUUAAUUAACACCAAAGUGAUGGUAUAUAUCUGAAAGGCUAAAUCCACGACAAUCAUUUUACUGGAGCAAUGAAGUUGUGUAACUGUAAAAUUAUUUAUUUUCUGUGUGCUAAUAGUGGAGACCAAAUGUUUAUACUGACAUCCAGUCUGUCAAGGAGCAAAAAGAGGAAGGAGAGCUUAGAUAGUCUAUUUUUAUGAGGUGUUUCACACUUGCACAUCAUCUAGGUCACAGUUAAGUCACCGGGAGUUUGUGGAGAUACUUAAGACUAACAGCAGAGCAUCCUAUUCUGUAGUCAGGUUUACAGGAGUAGCUGUUAUGUAUGUUUUCUAAAGGCAAGACCUGAGUUUACUGUCUUAGAACUUUCUAUGAAGUAUUUUUAAAAAAACUGUAUCAUAACACCGUGUAAAAUACCUUAAACAAUUUGAUGAUCAAUAAAAUAGCCUGGAUUUUUUUUUUGUAAAA